AUGGGACUAAGUGACUCUCCUCACUCCCACCGUCAAAUCCAAGCACCGAACCUUGGGGGACCGAGCUUUCGCCAUCUCUGCUCACUCUCUGGAACUCUCUCCGCCCUCACCUCUGGAACUCUCUCCCCCCUCACCUCUGGAACUCUCUCCCCCCUCACCUCUGGAACUCUCUCCCCCCUCACCUCUGGAACUCUCUCCACCCUCACCCCUGGAACUCUCUCCGCCCUCACCUCUGGAACUCUCUCCCCCCUCACCUCUGGAACUCUCUCCACCCUCACCUCUGGAACUCUCUCCCCCCUCACCUCUGGAACUCUCUCCACCCUCACCUCUGGAACUCUCUCCCCCCUCACCUCUGGAACUCUCUCCCCCUCACCUCUGGAACUCUCUCCCCCCUCACCUCUGGAACUCUCUCCCCCCUCACCUCUGAAACUCUCUCCCCCCCUCACCUCUGGAACUCUCUCCCCCCUCACCUCUGGAACUCUCUCCGCCCUCACCUCUGGAACUCUCUCCCCCCUCACCUCUGGAACUCUCUCCGCCCUCAUCUCUGGAACUCUCUCCCUCCUCACCUCUGAAACUCUCUCCCCCUCACCUCUGGAACUCUCUCCACCCUCACCUCUGGAACUCUCUCCACUCUCAACUCUGGAACUCUCUCCACCCUCACCUCUGGAACUCUCUCCCCCUCACCUCUGGAACUCUCUCCACCCUCACCUCUGGAACUCUCUCCACCCUCACCUCUGGAACUCUCUCCUCCCUCACCUCUGGAACUCUCUCCCCCCCUCACCUCUGGAACUCUCUCCCCCCUCACCUCUGGAACUCUCUCCGCCCUCACCUCUGGAACUCUCUCCCCCCUCACCUCUGGAACUCUCUCCACCCUCACCUCACCUCUGGAACUCUCUCCACCCUCACCUCUGGAACUCUCUCCCCCCUCACCUCUGGAACUCUCUCCACCCCUCACCUCUGGAACUCUCUCCACCCUCACCUCUGGAACUCUCUCCCCCUCACCUCUGGAACUCUCUCCUCCCUCACUUUUGGAACUCUCUCCCCUCCUCACCUCUGAAACUCUCUCCCCCUCACCUCUGGAACUCCCACCCCCUCACCUCUGGAACUCUCUCCACCCUCAUCUCUGGAAUUCUCUCCUCCCUCACCUCUGGAACUCUCCCCCCCCCUCACCUCUGGAACUCUCUCCGCCCUCACCUCUGGAACUCUCUCCCCCCUCACCUCUGGAACUCUCUCCACCCUCAUCUCUGGAAUUCUCUCCCCCCUCACCUCUGGAACUCUCUCCCCCCUCACCUCUGGAACUCUCUCCACCCUCACCUCUGGAACUCUCUCCACCCUCACCUCUGGAACUCUCUCCCCCCUCACCUCUGGAACUCUCUCCCCCCUCACCUCUGGAACUCUCUCCACCCUCACCUCUGA